AAGUCGUGUUUUGUAGAGUGGCUUAUUUUUCUUGAUAUCACGGUAGUUURUGUGGCUUUAGUUUUGAACUAAUGACCUUACCGUAGCCUUCAGUACUUCAUGAGUUCUACUGAAGAUACUAGCGUUGGAGAUUUACAAGAAUUGCUGCAAUAUUUCGCGAAAAACACGUACAAAGCACGUGAUACUGAGCCCAAGGUWGAUCAUAUCCAGAAAAUAUGUCUUAGUCUUUUCGCUAAGGAUUAUAAGUAUUCCGUUAUUUCUAACGGGAAUGGUGAAUUGUGCGCACAUUAUCCCAUCAAGAUCRUCAUUUUAGAAUCGAGUUUAGAUAAUGUUCAAGAGAGGAUUAACGACACAUCAAAUCUGAGAGAACUGUUCCAAAAGGCACGKUUUGCAAGAUGUCGAUCUCGCUUUGUAGUGCCAAUCAUCUUGUAUGAAAACAAGAAUAUAUGUCGUUCUGCAACAUUGUCAAGUGCUGCUGAAAUUUAUGGYCGAUCAAGUUAUGAUUUUAUAUUUGCAGGAGGUGAGAGUAUACCUGCGGAAGAGUUAAAAUCUAAAAAUGAAAAUACAGAAUACUAUCCAAGCCAAGACUUGGCUUUAUUUGAUCGCAUUCGUGGUCAAGACAUCAAACUUUUAAAAGAACUUGAAGUUGGCUUUAUAUUUGACUUGAUGGUGGAGAAAAAGAAAGUCAAAUAUGGCAUGAAUGUGACAUCAUCWGAGAAAGUAGACAAAGCACAGCGGUAUUCAGAGUUUUGUCUCUGUUCAAUACCWUAUCCAGGAUGUGAGUUCUUCAGAGACUUCAAGGGAAAAGGAUACACUGCCGAUGGUCUUUACUUUGACUGGAAACAGGAUUAUGUGGAUGCACAAAUUAGAGUUCCAGAAAGAAUUACUUAUCAACUUGGUAUUGAAUGGAGUCUCUAUAAGGGCUGGGACUUAAUAAUGUUAACGCAAAACUAUUUGCUACUUCUACUAAAUUUUAUCAAAAAUGGUGAAAGUGGUACSUUAAUUCACUGUAUCUCAGGCUGGGAUAGAACACCUUUAUUUGUAUCWCUUGUGAGGUUAUCACUUUGGGCUGACAAAAAAAUCCAUAAAAAUUUGAGUGCAGCAGAGAUUUUAUAUUUAACGAUAGCAUACGAUUGGUUUCUAUUUGGCCAUGAUCUAGUGGAUAGAAUUCAGAAAGGCGAAGAGGUUUUCUAUUUUUGUUUCAAUUUUCUAAAAUACAUUGGAUCAGAUGAAUUUUCUGUGGUCUCCRCACAACACGCAAGGGAAUCACAACCAGCAGAAAGAGCAAGAUGUGAUUCCAUGGUUCAUGUAGAUGCUGAUAUCCUACUAGAAGACUGUAAUCAUACUGGUAGUAACACAAGUCUCAGCAGUUGUGGAAGUGUCUGUUCUGAGUCUCGUCUUAGCUAUUUUAUUGGACAAGAAACACCAGAAAACUUUGAAAAACAAAACAAAAUGCCAUACAACUCUUUGAGUGGAGUACAUGCAUCCAACCUUCGUUCUUCCCAGACGUCUCUUAACUCGUCACCYCGUUCRUCACGUUCAACAAGUAAUAGUUGUGAACAAGUCUUUGAUGCCACACUAGAAACAACAAGUCCACUACCUGUACCACACAGAGCCAGGAAAAGCUCAGUAAACUCUGAUCAUAGAUCUUCUUCAUCUUCUAUUUGUGGAAGUUGGCAGCUUGUGUCAGGGACAGGAAGCCCAAAGGGAACAACAACAGUCAGCCAUGGCGUCAGCACAACUAGUUUAAACUGUGAACCAAUUGAGGAAGUCACUCCACGUCAGCAACGCUUGGACUCAGUACGAAAUCUYUUCUUCAAAGUGUACGCCAAAGCCAUAGGUUAUCCYUUCCCAGAGGGCAAUGCACUGUCCAAUAUCUUAGACCAUGUUACAGAAAGAAUUCGUGGAAGUUGGAGCACUGUUGUAUAAUUUGUAAACAGAGAAAAAAAAGAUGACAAUGUCCAAGCCCUUAUUGUUGUCACACAAGACCUGGGUAUGAAAUAUUAUGGCAUACAAAUGCUUACCAAUACAGAGUAAAUAUUUUUAAAUGUUUUGAUCCCAGGAUUGAGACUCACGUGUGACAACAAUAGGGAGUAAUUAUAAGCGUUAGCAUGCGUGAAUGAAUUGAAUUAUAGAAAUAUUAUUAUUAUUGUAAUAAUUGUAAUAUACAAGAAUAUGGAAUAUAACACUAUUGCACUGA